UUGAUGGCUUCUGUCUGUCACACCGUGAGCACAGAGUAGUUUGGUAGCUUUGUGCAGUCCCCAGUAGCCGUGCCGUGUUCCAUCCAACUUUUCCACUUUUUCCAGCCUUCCUGUCUGUAUGUGUGUGUGUGAGUGGUGGUGACCAAAUUUCUGGUGCUACUCGGUUGUGUCGGGCAGAUUAAUAGCGGAGUCGAAUUUGAGUUUCGCUAACGAAACUGUGCUUGUUGAGGGCGAGAGUUAAAGGAUUCAGCAGGGCAAAAGCCACUCAUCCAUUUGACGCUCGUCCAUUUUAGUGCCAAUUGAAACCACAUUUCCAUACGAAAUAUCAGUGUAGCGUACCAGCAUACGCGGAGCCAAGAGUGAUCUACCGAUGUGCCAUCCCUGAAGCAGCGCGACGAUCAUACAACAGCAGCACAGCAGAGCGAGCGCAGCAUGGGCAACGAAAAGAAGGACCCGGGCGGGGUCGGCGUACAGAUCGAGUCACCGUCCCCGGUGCCGUCCGGUUGCGGUGGUUCGGCCGCGUUCAACAUGAUCACCAACAUCAAUCUGCCCGUGCCACUGUCGCUGGAGGAGAAAAAGUAUCUGCUCGCGGUGGAACGGGGCGAUCUGGCGAGCGUCAAGCGGAUCCUCCAACGGGCCCACCGGAAGCGGAACGUAAACGUCAACUGUGUAGAUUCGUUGGGGCGAGGAGCGCUGACGCUGGCCAUCGAGAACGAAAAUCUCGAGAUGGUUGAACUGCUGGUGAUCAUGAACGUCGAGACGAAGGACGCACUGCUGCUCGCGAUCAACGCGGAGUUCGUCGAGGCGGUGGAGCUGCUGCUCGAGCACGAGGAGCUCAUCCACAAGGACGGUGAACCGUACAGCUGGCAAAGGGUGGACAUCAAUACGGCGAUGUUCACACCGGACGUGACACCGCUGAUGCUGGCCGCCCACAAGAACAACUACGAGAUCCUGAAGAUUCUGCUCGAUCGUGGUGCAACCUUGCCGAUGCCUCAUGACGUUAAAUGUGGCUGUGAAGAGUGUAUCCGCCGCUCGUCGGAAGAUUCGCUCCGCCACUCGUUGGCCCGUGUUAACGAGUACCGUGCGCUGGCGAGCCCUUCCCUGAUCGCACUCAGCUCGCAAGAUCCACUCCUAACCGCCUUCCAACUGUCCUGGGAGCUGCGCAACCUUGCGUUCGCCGAGCAGGAGUGCAAAUCGCAAUACCUCGAGCUGCGGCACCAGUGUCAGAACUUUGCGGUGGAGCUGCUGGACCAGUCCCGCAGCUCCCAGGAGUUGGCCAUCAUUCUAAACUACGAUCCGAACUCGCCGCCCUACAUGGACGGGGACCAUAUGAAGCUGACGCGGCUCGAGCUUGCGAUCGACUACAAGCAGAAGAAGUUCGUCGCCCAUCCGAACAUCCAGCAGCUGCUGGCGGCCAUGUGGUACGAGGGUGUGCCCGGCUUCCGGCGCAAGUCGGCUGCCGACAAGAUCUUCAUCAUCGUGCGUACCGCGGUGCUGUUUCCGAUCUACUGCCUGCUGUACAUGAUUGCGCCCUCGUGCGAAACGUCCAAGUUUAUGCGAAAACCGUUCAUGAAGUUCUUGAUUCACGCGUCGUCCUAUCUGUUCUUCCUGUUUCUGCUCAUCCUCGUCUCGCAGCGUGCGGAGGUCCAGGUGGUCCUGCUGUUCGGUACCGAGAGCAUGAAACGAGCGCUACAGGAAGAGUUGGCCCGCCAGCGAGGCAACGGGCCAACGUACCUCGAGUGCCUCGUCGUCAUCUACGUGAUGGGCUUCAUCUGGGAGGAAACGCAGGAAAUCUUCAUCGAGGGCAUCCGCAGCUACCUGCGCAACAUGUGGAACUUUAUCGACUUCUCGCGCAACUUCCUGUACUGUUGCGUCGCGCUGCUACGCAUCAUCGCGUACAUUCAGCAGACGUCACAGAUAUCGGCCGACCCGAGUACGGCGUACAUCGCGCGCGAACACUGGGACGACUUUGAUCCGCAGCUGAUCGCAGAGGGUUUGUUUGCGGCCGCGAACAUCUUUUCUGCGCUGAAGCUGGUCCAUCUGUUUUCGAUCAAUCCGCACCUGGGACCGCUCCAGAUCUCGCUCGGCCGGAUGGUGAUCGAUAUUGUGAAGUUUUUCUUCAUCUACUCGCUGGUGCUGUUUGCGUUCGCGUGCGGCUUGAACCAGCUGCUCUGGUACUUUGCCGAUCUGGAAAAGUCCAAGUGUUACAGCCUGAAGGGUGGCCUCCCGGACUGGGACAAUCAGGGCGAUGCGUGCAUGAAGUGGAGACGGUUCGGAAACCUGUUCGAGUCCUCGCAGUCCCUGUUCUGGGCCAGCUUCGGCAUGGUCGGGUUGGAGAACUUUGAGCUGCAAGGCAUCAAGUCCUACACGCGCUUCUGGGGUCUGCUCAUGUUCGGCUCGUACAGUGUGAUCAACGUGAUCGUGCUGCUGAACCUGCUCAUCGCCAUGAUGUCCAACUCGUACGCCAUGAUCGAUGAGCACUCGGACACGGAAUGGAAGUUUGCGCGCACCCGGCUGUGGAUGAGCUACUUCGAGGAGAGCUCCACGCUACCGCCACCGUUCAACAUCUUCCCGAACAUGAAGCACCUGAUGCGUCUCUUCGGCAAGAAGAAGAAGCGUGAUCUGAAGCGUGAAUCGACCAUUCGUCGCAAGGAAGAUAAGGAACGGGCCGAACGUUACACCAACGUGAUGAGAGCGCUCGUGUGGCGCUACGUGUCGGCCAUGCAUCGCCGCAUGGAGCAGGACGCCGUCACCGAGGAUGACAUCAACGAGGUCAAGACGGAGAUCUCGGCCAUGCGGUACGAGCUGUUGGACAUCUUCGAGAAGAACGGAAUGGAUGUGUCCGCUGUCGAUCGUAAAGAGAAGGCCGUCUUGGCCAAACGCAUGAAGAUCUGGGAACGACGCCUGAUGAAGGACUUCCAGGUAGCGCCAGUGGAGAUUGCCGAGCAGGAGGAGGAAGAGGAAGAGGAGGACGCCAACCCGCUGGCACGGUUCCGGCGGGUCGCGAAGAAGGUCGCCAACAACACGACCUCCGCCAAGUGGGGCCAGGUGAUGACCGGCGUCGGGGUGGAGAUGAACUCCCAGAUCGGUCGUUGCCGCAACCGGGACAGCUUCCGCCAGCAGCAACAGCUGCAGAAAGCGAUGGCCGAAGCACGCCGGCUGGUAGAGCGUAGCCCUCUGCCCCGCUCGCGCAGUGCGUCGCCCGGCAUCGAAGGCUACACCGAUGAGACGACCACCACGCUGCUCAACUUGCUGAGCCAGCUGGCCGAAGAGGGUGACGCCUCGCCCGGCAACACCCUCAACCUGCACGACCAGAAGAGUGGUGCGGCCACGCCGCUCAACAUGCUCACCGCCCAACUGCAGGCCGCCCUCAGCAAGACUCCGUCGCCGCGCAUGGGCAAAUCACCGAAACCGUUUGGCGACUCCGGACUCAAGUCACCGGCCGGCACACUCGGCCCCGCCGGACGGGCACGCUCACCCGGUGGUGGCCUGUCACGGUUGGACGGUCCGUCCGUGGCCAGCAAAUCGCCGCUCGCUUCCAUCGCCGGAAGCAAAUCACCUUCUCCGGACGGAACGCCGGCCCCGGAGAAGAAGAACAAUCUCGACGUGAAGCCUGCACCGCCUCCGUCGAUCAUGUCCCCACCACCCGGCAAGUGUUCCUCCCCGUCCGCCACCGUCCAGUCACCUCCACCGACCAUUCAGUCACCUCCACCGACCAUCCACAUCACGCGUACCGAGUCGCAGCUGGUGAAGAAACCUCGGACCGACUCCAAGGACAGCAACGAGUGUGAGGAGGAGUGUGGUGGAGCUCCUUCCCUUCCAUCCUCCCCACCACCACCGGCCGAUUGCACCCAGUCCGUGGUUCACAGUGACGAUCCGGAACCGCUCGUGUCGGGUGUUAAUUCACCGCCGAAGGUUGUGAAACGCAAGGCUCCCGCACCAGUUCCGGCAGCUUCCGCCGGCGAGGACAUUUCCGUCGCACGCCCGGUAGCUGUCAAACCACAGCCCGGUCAAGGCAUGCUUCCGCCACCACCAUCGAAGGAUGAUUCGGUGGCCAUCAUUCCUACCUUCAGCACCACUCCGGCAACUCCACUUCCGUCCCACAAACCCGUGGCCGCUCCUCGACCACCCUCACCGGUCGUUCCACCCCCGAAGGUAGCUUCACCUCCACCGACCAUCGGCAGCCCGCCGCUAGUGCCACUCAUCAAAACGGAGCUAAUGGCCGACCUCGAACCGGAAGCCGCACCCGGCGCAACCAAGAGUUGCUCGUCCGGUGGCAGCAAGGAGAGUUUGAUUGUUGGCGGUGGCGAUGCUUCGGCCGAUGCGGCACGGGCUGCCUCCUCGCCGCCCUGUCUCCGUCCGUACCGCAAGGUGGACGACGUUACCACCAUCAAACGCCAGCCCAAGAGCGGCUGGUUGUAGGCGGCUGGCGUGAGAUUGUGGAGAUAGCAUUCCGAGGCCGGGCAGUAGCUACAACGUGUGAUAACUCACUCGCAUGAGAUGAGAGGACGAUGGUCAUAAUCUAAAGAAAAAUAGAAUACGAAUAUCAGUGGAUGCUUCUUAACACAGCAAGGAAAGCGUGACAUUUGGAGAGCUUUCCGAGCGCCCUUUUUCCUUGCGGCGAACAAAAACACCUUAUUGUUGUUGUAUUUCAAUUUAUAAAAGUGGAAUAAAUAAAAACUCACUAAAGGUAUCCUUGCACAAGGUACAACCAAAC